CUUGCUCCCAGACCACAAAAAACCAAUAGCCAAAAGUGAAAGCCACAGACAAAAUCUCUCGGCAACAGGAAAGCGAGGAAGGGAAAGAUGCCACACCACAUAAAGCCGGCACCGUGGCUGCACACAGACCACUGCCACCACCCGCACCACCACCGAGCCCCACCAGGCUCCUGCCCAGCACAACGCGAGUCCCACCAUGGCUGUGCCUGCAAGCCCACAGCACCCACGGGGGUACGGCAUCCUGCUGCUCACGCUCCUUCUGAAAGCUCUCGCCACCACCGCCUCCGCCUGCAACCACCUUCGCCCCCAGGAUGCCACCUUCUCUCACGACAGCCUCCAGCUCCUCCGGGACAUGGCUCCCACACUACCCCAGCUGUGCCCACAGCACAACGCGUCUUGCUCCUUCAACGACACCAUCCUGGACACCAGCAACACCCGGCAAGCCGACAAAACCACCCACGACAUCCUUCAGCACCUCUUCAAAAUCCUCAGCAGCCCCAGCACUCCAGCCCACUGGAACGACAGCCAACGCCAAAGCCUCCUCAACCGGAUCCACCGCUACACCCAGCACCUCGAGCAAUGCUUGGACAGCAGCGACACGCGCUCCCGGACGCGAUGGCCUCGCAACCUUCACCUCACCAAAAAACACUUCAGCUGCCUCCACACCUUCCUCCAAGACAACGAUUACAGCGCCUGCGCCUGGGAACACGUCCGCCUGCAAGCUCGUGCCUGGUUCCUGCACAUCCACAACCUCACAGGCAACACGCGCACUUAGCCCCAAACGCACCUCCCACCCUUGUCCUAUUUAUCUAUUUAUUCAACUAUUAUACAAACGCCUAUUUAUUCUUCUAUUUAUUCUUCUAUUUAUUCAGACAAAAUAAAGCUCUCCUUUUCAACACUGCCUGCGAGUGCCUCCUUUCGCUCAAUCACAGAAGCCCCUUUCGGGGGCAACCAAACCUGGGAUUCUCACACACAGCUCCGAAAACUCUGCUACCCGCUUACGUCUUGCGUAGUCCUGGCAGGGGGAGGGAGGUCCACGAGUUCGGCACAAAAAGCAGCCAAAGCAGGGACACCUGCAGCGGGCGGCAGGACCGUCCGGUUUUGGCUAACAAGGUUGAACAAAUCAGCUGAUAAUCAGUUUCAGCACAGAAGCUUGACGGCCACAGCGGUACCGCAGUGACGGGUUUUGCUUCGUUAAUGUGAAAUUAGCCCUACAGGUAACUCACGUCUCGAGUGCCAUGAUCAAGAACACAAAGGCGGCGUACCACUGCAGUAGAUGACUCUUCACGCAAAUCCUGUCAAACAUCGCCCCACAGGGAGAAACCCACAAGCUUCAGCUUCUAAGGGGAAGCAGAGCUAUCUUGGGAAGCAGAGAAGAGAAAGGCAGAGAGAAGGAAGGAGACAAGAGAGCUAAGAGACGGGAAGCUACACUCAUCUUACUCCGCCAAGACAGGGCACCUUCUUGGCAACCACUCUGCCUCACCCUCUCUCUGGGUGGAGAACACUGGGACAGCAUGGAUUUGGAUACCCCCAUGUCUUCGUUCCAGCUGGGACAGAAUUGUUCUCUUCAGAGCGCCUGCUACGAUGCGGCGUUUUGGUUCUAGGAGAAAAACAAUGCUGGUAACACACCGACGCUUAUUCUUGCCGCCAAGCGGUGCCGCACCGAGCCAAGGCCGUUCUCAGCAAAAGCCCCAAGGAGCUGGGAGGGAGCGGAGUUAGGACUGCUGACUUAAACUGGCCCAAAGGGCUAUCCCCCACCAUACGACAUCAAGCAGGAGGAGUUUUGAGGAGGGUGGGAGUUCAACUCGCUCGCUUGCUCUUCCGCUCCUCACGUGGCUGCAAUGCCGCUCUCCGUCCUAUCAGAAAAGUCACGGCUGUCAGGAAAAGUCCCCGGUGACUGCAAAAACGGAAACAUCGCUCCCCCUUCUAGGAAAAGGAGGAAGGAAGACGCGGGGAAACUACAGCCAGGUGAGCCUCACCCCUCUGCCUAGGAAGAUCACGCAGCAGAUCUGCCAGCAACAGAGGGACGAGCAGGUGAUCCGACACAGCCUGCACGGCUUCACCAAGGGCAGAUCGUGCCUGACUAACCGGCUGGCCUCCUGCGAUGGAGUGACCGUAACGGUGCACAAACGGAAGGCAACCGUUGCCAUCUAUAAGGACUUCUGCAAGGCUUGCACCACAUCCAUAUCACUAAAUCGGAGAGGCGUGGGUUCAAAGGCUGGACUACUCGCUGGAUGAGGAAUUGGUUGCAUGGUCGCGGCCUCAGGGCUGCCGUCAAUGGCUCUACGCCCAGGUGGAGGCCGGACACAAGUGGUGCCCCCCCAGGCUCCGCCUUGCGGCCACUGCUCCGCAACAUCCUUAUCAACAACACAGGUGAAGGCAUCGACUGCACCCUCAGCAAGUUUGCGCACUUCACGCAUCAAGCUGAGGAGAUUUUGGUGAGAGGCCAGAGCACGGCCACAAGGACAACCAGAGGGCUGGAGCACUUCUCCUACAAAGACAAGCUGAGGGAGCUGUGCCUGCGCGGUCAGGAAAACACAAAGCACCAGGGAGACCACGUUAUAGCCUGCCACUACUUAAAGGGACCUUAUAAACAGGAAGGAAAUCAACUUUCCACACGGGUAGAUAGCGACAGAACACGGCUUUAAAAUAAAAGAGAUUAAGAUCAGACGCCACGGGGAGAUGCAGGUGAGCCACUGGCACAAAAUGCCCAGAGAGAUUCUGGAUCCACCAUUCCCAGGGGUGCUCAAGGCCAGGCUGGAUGCAGCACUGGGAAGCCUGCUCUACAGCUUCAGUUUUGCGGUUGG